UCCCGAGCAUUUUGUAACCUUUCUAAAACCGUGACCCACGGAGAAAUAUUUGUUUGUGCGGUCCUGCCAAUUGCCAAAACACCCUUCUCUCUCUCUUCGAAGAACAGCAAAAACCGGGAAACAAAUUCCCAUCUCCAUUGGCGCUUCCAUCCAAUUCAGUCCUCUUUAAUCAACUACGGUUCCGUGUUUGGUGCUAAACCUGAGACCACAGGGGAAGAUUAGAGCUCUAGAACAUGGUUCUUGACAGCAUUCUAGCCUCUCCCCAUAGGAGGUCCCCAUCAUUCAGAAAGCAGUUUCCUGCAAAUGAGUUGGGCAGUUGGUCUGUUCUCUUCAAUCGGCAUCGCUUCCUCUUAACCGCGCUGGCACUCUUGACUUUCCUUUGCACAAUUUAUCUCUACUUUGCAAUCACUCUAGGGGCUACCGCGUCGUCUUGUUCGGGUUUGACUGGAGCUCAGAAAGAACUGUGUCGUAUGGAGCAUGCUAAGGCUUCUCUGGCUAAAGGCAAAUUGAAAUUUCUAUGAUACGUAAGACCUCCUCGAGUUACAACACCUUCUCAUGUAUUGGUUCUUCUCUUUGGGUGGGACCUGUAUUUAUAAAUCAUCAACUGAAGAUUAUUAUUAUAUACCAAAAAGUUCAUUCAUCCAUUUUGAUUCCAUACAUAUGACUUAUAUAAGAUGUAGCAGAGUGUCAUAAACAUUGCCUCCUUGCAUUAAUCUGUUCUUUAUUUUUUUC